CUCUCUCAUCGCAACGUCCAGGACUUUGGUUGACAUGAAAAAACCAGCUCCACCUGCCAAUCUCCAGCCGUAGAUAAACUCAUAAUCCGAAGAAGAAAGGGAUAAUCCCGAUCGUUCGCGUCUGAUUCUCUCAUUGAUCUCGGUUUAAAUCUGCUCCCACCGCAGCCUAACCGUUGCAUCUUCUCUACUACCGUCAUCACCGCCGCCACUACUUCGUGCCGAAAAAAGAAAAAGGAAAAAAAUAAAAUAAAAUGGCCGCCGUCUGCAAAGCUUGCGAGGACCCCCUCGUCAUCGUCCUCGAACCGGAAAGCGACGACGAGGGCUACACCGCCGAAGACCCUCAGAACGUCCCCGACGACCUCGAGCUGCCCUGUGGCUGCCACUUCCACUGGCAAUGCCUUCUGGACCAGUCCCAAGAGAUCGCCAUAUCCCUCAACUGCCCCUCGUGCCAGAAGUACCUCCCAUCAAACGCCCAGGGCCCCUCCGUCACAAACCCCUUCCUGCACACCCCGCCCGGCACCGCCAUCCUCGCCCGCUACGUCAACGAGGGCGGCCUCCAGGACGCCCUCGACAUCCUGCCCAACAUCACCGAGGAGGCCUACCUCGCCGCCAACCCGGACGCCCGCCCCGCCCGUGCCUACCACCUCAUGUGUGCUGAGGGUGACGUCCAGGGCGUCGUCGACCUCCUCCAGGACGCCAACGAGGAGCUCUCUGGCGAUGUCGCUCAGCUCGGCCAGCUCAUCCGCUACCAGGACCCCCUCGCGGCUGGCAAGAGCGCCCUGCAUCUCGCCCUUGAAAAGGAGCAGGAGGAGGCCGUGUGGCUGCUGCUCUGGAUCGCCUCGCCCGUCCCCACCGACGUCUUCCCCCUCUCGGCGCGCCAGGCUGCCGAGGCGCUGCAGAUCGUGCGCUUGACAAACGACAACGCCGACGAUAUUCGCGCCUUGCGCACCGACGCUGGCCAGACUGCCGAGGAUGUGGCCAGGAGCAACUCGGCCCGUUGGGGUGCCCUGAUCGAUGCCGGGAUCCUGCGCGUAUGAGUGGAGUGAGGAGUCUAAAGAAUAAGGAAGCGAGGGAGGAGAAAAACAAGAUACCCAGUGAUUCUAGUUGGGACGGAGAACUCCAAAUAAUGAUAUUCACGAAAGAAC